AACCCAAACCCAAACCAAAACCAUCAGUUACAAGCGCAAUUCACUCGAAGCAGAAAUUAUUCAUUUUAAUUACUUUGUGAUUUUGAUAUUUUCUUGAUUAAGUUCAGUUACAAGCGCAAUUCACUCGAAGCAGAAGCUUAUUCAUUUUAAUUACUCUGUUGUGAUUUUGAUCUUUUCUUGAUUAAGUUCAUAUUGUGAUUUUGAUCAGUAUGGCUGAGGAAAACAAGAGUCAUGGGUACGAGACCAAAGUUGGUGAAGAGAGUGGUGCUGUUGAGACCAAGGAUCGCGGGUUGUUUGAUUUCCUGGGGAAGAAAGAAGAAGAGAAGCCUCAAGAGGAGGUGAUUGUUACUGAAUUUGAAGAGAAACUUCAGGUUUCUGAACCCGAGACUAAAGUAGAGGAAGAGCACAAGAAAACAGAGGAAGAGGAGAAGAAACCUACUCUCUUUGAGAAACUCCAUCGAUCAGGCAGCAGUUCCAGCUCUUCUAGUGACGAGGAGGAAGGUGACGAUGAAGAGAAGAAGAAGAAGAAGAAGGAAAAGAAGUCAUUGAAAGAGAAGAUGAAGAUGUCAGGAGAGAAAGGAGAGGAGAAGGAACACGAGGAUACUAGUGUUCCUGUCGAGGUAGUCCAUACAGAAACACCCCAUGAACCAGAGGAGAAGAAGGGUUUCCUUGACAAAAUCAAGGAGAAAUUGCCAGGACAUAAGAAAGCUGACGAGGUCCCCCCUCCUCCUCCAGCUCCUGAACAUGUUUCCCCUGAAGCUGCAGUCUCCCAUGAAGGAUCAGAUGCCAAGGAGAAGAAAGGACUACUCGAGAAGAUCAAGGAGAAGUUACCUGGGUACCACCCCAAGUCCGAAGAAGAGAAGGAGAAAGAAAAGGAGAGUGCUUCCCAGUAGUGCAGCAGGCAGUAUUCUUGUGUUCUAUAGAACGGUGAUGAUGAUGCUUGAUGUGUGGUUUGUUUGGUUAUGUCCAUCUACUGUUUUUCUUCCCUUUUGAAAAAAAAAAAACCUCGGUUUACUGCAAAUAUUAUAAGUACCAUGCGUGCUUGUAAUUUGAUGUAAGAUUGUUUAGGGUUUUGAUCACAUCUCAUGUUUUCAGGAUCAUUUCCUUUGUUUUUGUUAUUUUGAUCCCUUUUUUAAACUAUAAUCAAUGAAUUAUUA